UCAUAUUAUCGAGUUACUCAAAGUGUUUUGCCCAAGAUUACAAUAAUAAUGACUUAUAGAAAUUAUGCAUGUAUUGUUGAAUUAUGUAAAUUACGCCUAUAUAAACCAAAAAACAACCACGCCUAGUUAGAUUCAAAUGAACUUCAUCGAAGGAACUAGGAGUAACUAUAAAUUUGACUAUAUGUGUAUAUAUGUAUAAUAAACAUCACGAAAUCGUAUAGUACAAGUAAAUGCUCCUGGUUAGCCGAAGUUGUUCUGGCUCCGGAUAAAACCGCCAAUACGUGCCAAACAGUCAAAUUUAUAUCUGGAGAAGUAAUCUGAUAACAGUAGAAGAAGAACGGAAGACUACUAGAGAGUCAAGCUCACGAAAUCGUAAGAUACGCUAUAUCGGCAACACAGCCUCAGACGUAAAGCUUAUCUGGACUGAUUGAAAGCAUCUCCUAGCAGUAUUAUCGAAAACAUUCUUCCUACAUACAGAGGAACUAUUAAUGAAGGUAGGAGAAAACCAGUUUAUUAAUAUACGUACAAAAGUACUGUAGAAGAUCAAAAGUAUGGUCAACCAAGCAAAGUUCGAACAAUUUGAAGGAAUGCGUAAUUAGACAUUUCACUUACAAGCAUUCAAAUCACAAAAUUUACAUAAACGAUAAACAAGGAUAUUAACGGAUUAAGUAAAGAAAUGCCGCCUAAGAUAGACGUGUCGUUGUUAUCAGCAGAGCGGGACAAUAUGGUUAAUUCCCUAUAUAUGAAUUAUUUGAAGAAUUUCAAGUACUUUACACGGUGGAAGCGGAAUUUUCAACGUUAGAAAAUGUGUACAAACGAAUUGAAACGAAAUAUAGACUCGUGAGACAACAACAAGAAGUAAUUAUUGAUAAAAUAGUAGAAGGCAAAGUAAGCGAUUCCGGUGAAGCGGAAAAUUUACUCGAAAGUAAUAAGAAAAUUGGUGCUCAAAUAAAGACUAACUAUUUAAAUUGUACUAAAAGUUUCGCUGAAUAUCAAAAGAGGUGCUCUUUGAAUAAGUCAGAAGAUAAACCAGACAGUAUUGCGACUUUGACAUUCGCUGUAACCAAAAUGGCAGAGGCGCUUACUUCAACAAAAAUCGAUAAAACAAAUUCUUUAGAAAAACUCUCAGUCCCGGUAUGGGACGGCAAACGAAAAUCUUAUUUGACAUGGAAACAUGAAUUUAAACAUUGGAUGGAAAAAUGUAGACAAGACGAAGAAGAGCAGUUAAAGAGAUUUUGCAAAGCUUUACCAAAAUAUUCUUUUUGGACCGACCAAGUAAAAUAUUGCAAAUCGGUAGAAAAAGCAUUUGAAAUUCUAGAUAAAGAAUUUGCAGACAAAAGAAAACUUAUAGAUGAUUUAUUAAACGAAAUAAUCUCCUAUAAGCAAGUAAAAGGCGAUUCAGCCUCACUUUCACGUUAUGCUACUAAAAUUAUGAGCUUUACAAAUGACAUGGAAGAAAACGGAUGCCCGGUAACAGAUUCAAACGAAGCUCCAUUUAUUAUGUCACAAUUUCUGUCUAAAUUAGAGUCAAAAGAUAACGCUGACUUCGGUCGUGAUAUGAUUCGGGAAGAAAAAGAAGAAAAUAUAACAAAUCUUAUUGAAUGGUUAUAUAGAGAAGCAAAUUUAAGAUCGAGAGGAAAGCGGUUUAAUGCUAAUGAUAGUAGUAAUCAAUCUAUUAGUCAUAAACCAACAAAAAUUAACGCUGUUAACAGUUCCUAUAAUAAGAAAAUUGAAAGUGCUCCUAAAAAUAACUCCGAAAAUAGUAACAAUGCGAAAACUAAACAGACUGAAGAGGAGUCAUGCCCAUUAAAUUGUCAAAGCGACCAUUACCUCUCGGAAUGUCCUGUUUAUCAAAAUUUAAGCGUUAAUGAACGAUGGGAAGUUGUUAAGCAGAAUAAUCGCUGUCGAAAAUGUCUAAUGACCCAUCACACAAAUACGUGUAAAAAAGCAGACGGGACAACAUGCAAACAAUGUACUAAACCUCAUCAUUAUUCAUUGCACAAUUAUCGAAGAAAUCCCGAAUCCGUGAAGUUAAAUCAACACUUUAAUCCAUUGACAUCUGAAAUUAAUAUAGAAAGGUCACCAAAAUCUACACUAGAGACACAAAAUGGCAAUGUUCAAGAGAACAACAAAAUAAAAGGAAUAUGUCCUGUACAAAAAAUUAGAGUAAGAAAUAAAGAUGGAGAAUUUGUUGAGAUUUUGGCAAUGAUAGAUAGUGGACCUAACGUAAGUUUGAUGUCGAAAGCUACAGUAAAACGACUUGGUUUAGAAGGACCUGAACUUCACAUGACUAUGAACUUAGCUGGAGGUAAACAAAAGUCUGAAAAGUCACGACAAAUCGAAAUAUCUGUGGCACCAAUUAAUGAUGAUCAAAUAAUAAAAACUUUGCAUGUACUUACCGUUCAGAAACCCUGUAGUGCCGCAAAGACCAUAUCAAAAACUGCGGUAAAAAAUUAUCCUCAUUUAGAGAGUAUCGUUGACAAAUUACACCUCAAUGGUGGAUUGAUCGAUUUACUAAUUGGUACAGAUUUCCCGGCAGCCUUUAUUGACGUUCAUAUUAAACAAAGUGAGCUGGGCUGACCAAUCGCUAAACGAAAUUGCUUUGGUUGGUAUGUUCUCGGUGUCGUCGACAGCGAAAACAAUGACAACGUGUCAAGAACGGUUUCAGUCGAAGUUGGUACCAUAAGUGCAGAAGAAGAUAUAAAGAAGUUGCUUACUCAGGAUCUACUUAGUGUAAAACCUACCAGAAUGUGUACAUGUACGGACGAAAUGUCGAAAGAGAAUAAGUUCAUUAAGUCCCUGGCAAACUCAACGAAGAUAAUCGAUGGACGAGUUGAAGUCAAGAUGCCAUGGAAAGAAAGUCGACCACCACGUCAAAGCAACUACAACAUCGCCUAUCGAAGAAUGCUUUCAUCCGAGAAAACAUUUAAAAAUAAAAAGUGCUUCAAAGAAAUCGAAACAGAAGUACAGAAGUUAAUAGAACAAGCCUUCGUCGUUGAAGUGCCAAUUGAUCAAGUCGACCACAGUAAACCUGAAUGGUACCUCCCGAUGCAGGCAGUAUUUACACCGGAACGUUCAACUAAGAUACGUUUAGUUUUCGACGCUUCCGCAAAAGGUCCAGACAACAAAUCCCUAAACGAUUAUCUAGAAAAAGGUCCAAACUAUAUUAAUAAUAUUCAAGAUGUCUUGUUGGGUGGAGAUGGGACCAUGUUGGAUACUGCGGCGACUUACGUAAGAUGUUUAAUCAAAUUAGGAUACAUCCCGAAGACCAGAUAUACCACCGAUUCUUGUUUCGACGAAAUGAAGACGAAGAUCCUAAGAUUUUUCAAUGGCUACGGUUAAAUUUUGGAGACAAACCCGCACCGGACAUUGCUACAGGAUCUAUUAAGGUAUUAGCUAAAGCCUGCCAAGAAGAUUUAUCCGAAGCCUCCAGACAACUGCAAGACAACGUUUAUGUUGAUGAUAUCGGUGGCUCAGCCCCAACUCCCGAAAAAACCCAAAAGAUUAUUACGGAUAUCGACACCAUCCUAAACACGGGGAAUUUCCAGGUCAAAUCGUGGAAUUCUAAUCACAAGGAAGUUGACAAGUCAAAAGAAAAAUGCACUACCUUCCUCGGAUAUAAGUGGAAUAAAGAAAUUGAUGUAUUCACAUUCAAGAAAGAGCUCGAUAUUAGACCAGAGAAAACAUUCACUAAACGAAGAUGUCUAUCCCUUGUAUCGCAACUUUGGGAUCCUCUCGGACUGGUCUUGCCUGUGAUGAUAAAGUUUAGAGUGGAUCUCCAAGAUCUAUCGGCAUCAGGCUUUUCGUGGGAU